GCCACCCAAUAGGCUUUAAUCGCGUCAGAUCCGUGUCUUUAAUAUAGUAAUAUUGUUAUAAAACCUUCCAGUCUCUCACGCAAAUCCAUCGUAGCAAAGCUGAAAAAAACCUUCACAAAACCUUUCAGUAACUUAAUCGGCCUUCUCGUUCUUCGUAAUUGGUCUCUUUCGUUUUUGUUUUCGAUAUUCUUUUUAGUUGCUUUCGAUCGAUUAUGGCGGAGGAACACCCCAACAAGAGUAGAUACGAGUACGAGACUGCUGGCGUUGAUGAUCAGCAGGUCGCCGUGGAGAAGACGGACCGAGGGCUGUUUGAUUUCCAUAAGAAGAAAGAGGAGGAGAAGCACCAAGAGGAGGCGAUCGUUACUGAGUUUGAUGAGAAAGUUACAGUUUCUGAAUAUGAGCCAAAGGUAGAGGAUCAAGAACACGAGAAGGAAAAGGAGAAAGAAGAGAAGAAACACGAGAAGCUUCACCGAUCCAGCAGCAGCUCUAGCUCUUCUAGCGAUGAGGAUGAAGGUGAAGGAGAAGAAAAGAAGAAGAAAAAGAAGGAAAAGAAGGGAGAUAAGCUCAAGGACAAAAUAGCAGCAGAGAAGCAAGAAGAGAAGGAAGAAGAGAAGUACGAGGACACCAACGUCCCUGUUGAGAAAUACGAUGAAGCAGUAGUCGUUCAUGCUGCAGAGCCAGUCCAACCUGAGGAAAAGAAGGGUUUCCUUGAUAAAAUUAAGGACAAACUUCCAGGCCAUCAGAAGAAGACUGAGGAGGUCCCUCCUCCUCCUCCUCCUCCUCAGGCCGAGUAUGCGGCUGCUGAGCCAGUACCUAGUCAUGAAGGAGAGGCGAAGGAGAAGAAGGGCUUCUUGGAGAAGAUAAAGGAGAAACUGCCCGGAUACCACCCCAAGACAGAGGAAGAGAAGGAAAAAGAGAAAGAUCAGAAAGAGUCUCCCUCCAAUUACUAAAGACCGAGUUGUGAUUAAAGGAUUAAUUAUAUUGGUGUGCGCUAUGCUUUUGCUAAUUUUCGAUGCGGGAUGGAGUUCUUGAAAUUUGCUUUAUUUUGAUUUUUGUUUUUCAGUUUUUGUGGUUUUUGAAUUACUUUUGUAUAUUUACUGCUUUUUAUGUUCCGUAUUUUAAAUAAACAUCUUCUGUGUACUUGUAUACGUAACGUUAAUCUUCAUCUAUUUGUGAGUAAAAUAUUAUUAUUAAAGCAAA